CAAAAGCUCGGUAGUCACGGAAAGUUUAAGAAAAAUUCGCGUAUUUUAUACUCAUAUUUCGUCAAAAAUACUUAUAAUCACUGCAUGACAACAUAAUAUUCUUGAAAUACGAAUAAGCCAUUUUGCAACAAAUAAAAAUAAUUGUCAAAUAUCACUUUUCGUGAAAUACGCAAUAAGUCGAAUACAAAUUUGAAAUUCGGUGUGCAAUGAGUGAAUCAAGCUUUACGUCAAAAAGGAUAAAAAUGGUGUCCGGGUUCCCGAACCAAACCAUGCAAAUCACUUGGGACAUCCAAAAUUUCCAAACCUUGCAAGAAUUUCCAGAGGAGUUGCUCCGGCUCCGAUUUCCCUUCGAAUUUGGGGCCGAACUUGGAAUGAAGCCCAAGUGGGAAUUUUCCUUUCGCAAAGGCACCAAUGACAAGAUAGGAUUUUGGCUGGAACUGUUGACGUUUGAGGGCAAGGAUCCAAACGUAGAAAUUGUGGGGCGCCUGGAAACCAAUUUUACGCAACAAAUUAAGGCUACAAGCGGCUUAGAAUGGAUCACGGACAAGGGAUUUUUGGAUAUACGGUUUUUGAGAGACAUGGGAUUCAUUAAUCAUGAUAUACAACUCCACACUUAUUAUUCUGGUGGAACCCGGAGAAGUGUCAACGUGACGGAUAUUGUCUUCCCAAAUCCGUACGCCAAGUUUGGGUCGAGCGAAGAGCCGAGCAGCGGGACGAUCGUAACGCGGUCACACGAAUUGCCGACUUAUGCUCACAAGCUCUCUGGCGGAACGUUAAGGUUAAAUCUAAAUUUUACGGUGCACCUGAAGCAACUCGUAAAUACGUUGGAUCCCUUAAAGGGCUUUGUCCAUGGAUCCGGGAUGCAAACCAAUUCUGCGUGUCGCCUUAAUCAGCAGAACUCCAUGUUGGCCAUGUUACGUGACGGGAUUGGCUCCGAUGUGACCCUCUUAUCGAAAGAUAACCAACUCGUGAAGGCCCACAAGUGCAUCCUGUCGAACAAUAGUUCUGUCCUUAAGGCCAAGUUUUCAGCGGUGACCGAGAAAGAGAUCGAGCUCGUUGAAAUGAUGGAUAUGGGGUCAGACGCGUUGAAUAUUUUUCUCAGAUUUUGCUACACCGGAGAAAUUGAGGAAAAUUGGGGCGAUUUUUAUGAGGAAGUUAUCUCCGCGGCGGAUAAGGUACGUUUAAUACCAUGGAUAAGCGUUGCAGCAAGUUUGCCGAAAUAUCGCUAUUUUUAAAUUAUGAAUGUAUUAAUCCACUGUAAAUUAAGAUUUGAUAAUGUAUGUAUCAUUCUAGAUACAUGUUCCGACAUAACUUUUUGUAACCUCUUUUUAUCUAAAGACUGGGCGUGUCCUAAUUGCGUCCCCGAUUUCAUAAGUAAAUUGGAUACCGUUUUGAUGAACAAACAAGAUAAUUAUAAAAAAUUAAUGCGUAAAUUGGUAAAAAUGUUAAAUCCUUUAAGAAAUCAAUUUGACGAAAUGUAUUAUACAAUCGAGUGUUUUAAACAUAAGUAUGAUUUUUGCAUAAAUAAUUUUGAGCGAUAUGGUAUGGGUUAAGUAAGUCGUCACCUUACCUGGUGACUUAAUAUUGAUAACGUUGACCUCUCACUCGAUUUGGUUUCUAUUCCUGUUUGUAUUCUAAUGAUCAAUUAACCCAAAUUAAUCCCAAACUGUUUACUUUAGUGUAAAUAUAUUUAUUACAUGCUUAUCCAGAGAAUUAGCGUAUAGUGUCAUGAAUUGUAAACCAGUUAAUUUAACUGAUAUUUAUUGACACAUGAAUAAAGGACAACUAAACUAAACUAAACUAAGUAGAAAUACUAGUGAAAAAGAGGUCGACGCCGCCGAUCGUACGCCGCCGCACCACCGAACGCAGGUAGCAUUUUAUGCGCUGCCGAAAAAUUUGGUUUCCUAUUCCUUUAACAUUGCGACGCCGAGCCGCGCCGCCGACGCCGCCGAAAAAUCACCAAAAACUGGCGCCCCCGCCGCCGAAAAUUUGUCGGCGUCGACCUCUGUAGUUAAAGGCUUUUCGAGUCGAGGUUUAAUUAAUUUCUCAAUAAAAAAGUGCAUGGUAGAAAUAUUAAAAGUCGAAUAAGGUAAAACCAUGCAAUUAAAUUCAAGAAUAUGAUUAAUUUUGUCGCGUAAGACUACUAGCGUUAAAUUUUCAUUUUUUGAAAUUUAAUUUUGCCUUUAUCACGUAAAAUUUGUCGAAAUAUUGUAAACAUUUCUGCAGAUAGAUACAUAUUUAUAUGAUAAAUUAAUGGUAAAAAUAAUAAUUUCGAAAUUUAGGAGCUAACGUGAGUUAUUACCGAUUGAGUCAGACCCAUGCUCACCCUAUU